UUGUCCAUAGGUAUGAAUGUGAGUGUGAAUGGUUGUUUGUCUAUAUGUGCCCUGUGAUUGGCUGGCCACCAGUCCAGGGUGUACCCCGCCUCUUGCCUGAAGACAGGUGGGAUAGAUACAGACUUCCAUACAUCCUAUUAUGAUGCAAUUAAAUCGUGUUUCUCAGCUUUUGUGUCGAGUUGCUGGCACUUCCAACUUUUUUGGGCCCCAUGGCAGGUUAUUUAGCAGUGAGUCUGCAUCGUGUAGGCUGCUUCAUUUUUCACUUUAUUUUGACAAAGUAUCGGAAACUUGAGGUUUGAGUGUACUUUGAUCCGCCGCGUGUCUAAAAGACGUAGUCUACAGGAAGUGCCAGGAAGAGAGUGAAUCAAUAGAAGGAGAAGUGACACUUUUAAUUCCACUAUUUCAUGAUAAAUUGUUUAUGUUGAACAAGUGUAAAUACGCUUUACAUUUUGUUGUUGUUUAUUUAGAAUCCAAAGCCAUACUAAAACAACUUUAUGGUAAAUGACGGGGUGGGUUGAAGGUGGCGUGGAAUCUUGAAUAUAUGGGGGUCCCAGAAUUCGGUGUUCCGCCCCUGUGUGUGUAUAUAUAUAUGUGUGUGUGUGUGUGUGUGUGUGUGUGUGUAAGAGAGCAGCGUGUGAAGGAGAGGUGUUUGGAGAAAGGCUCAGGUGUGCGUGACCGGAAAACCGGAGAGGAAGCGGCGGCAGAUGCAGCUGUGGCGUGUUUGACAUUGAACUGUGCGCCAUCGCACAGAUCGGUUCCCUUCCCGUGAUUGCUAAAUUGCGACCUAAUUAUCAAGCGGAGCCUGACGAAGGAGGUUUAUGUGAACAUGUCUCUCUGUCAUCACUUACUUUGGACACCAACUCUGCCUUUCAACGAGUGCAACCUGGACUUGGAUCAGCUACUGAGACUCAGUCAAGGUUCCCUGUUAAAUUUCCCCACUGCUGCACCCGUCUCACCACUUGCACCGAUGGUCCCACUUUGAAAUCUGAAAAGUCUAAAGAAAGGAAUGCUUUUGCUAUGGCCAGCAAAAUAAUUUCUAGGACAAUUUACCUGUGAUUACGUCUUUUUACGUCACCUUCGCCUCGGACCAAGAUGAUGCUGUGGCUCCUGCUCCUUUUUGUUUGGGUGACACCUGAGCAAAGCGACUCCGCCCAGUCUAAUGAACGGCGAGUCGUCGCCCAUAUUCCCGGGGACAUCAUCAUUGGAGCGCUUUUCUCUGUGCAUCAUCAGCCUCCUGCAGACAAGGUCCACGAACGUAAGUGCGGUGCUGUCCGAGAGCAGUAUGGCAUCCAAAGGGUGGAGGCGAUGAUGCAUACGCUGGACCGCAUCAAUGCAGACCCCCACAUCCUUCCCAACAUCACCCUCGGAUGUGAGAUCCGCGACUCCUGUUGGCACUCCGCCGUGGCUCUGGAGCAGAGUAUCGAGUUCAUUCGGGAUUCGUUGGUGUCCUCUGAUGAGGCAGAGGAGUGGGGUGGAGGAAGCCCCUGGGGGGGCGGAGGAGGAGGGGGUGCGUCGAUGAAGUGUGCAGACCCCUCUGCCACUCCCAUGCGAGGGAAAAAACCCAUUGUGGGUUUAAUUGGGCCGGGUUCGAGCUCAGUGGCCAUCCAAGUCCAAAAUCUUCUGCAGCUCUUCAACAUACCGCAAAUUGCCUACUCUGCCACUAGCAUGGAUCUUAGCGAUAAGAGUCUGUACAAGUACUUCAUGCGGGUGGUGCCGUCAGACGCCCAGCAGGCAAGAGCUAUGGUCGACAUCGUCAAGAGAUACAACUGGAGCUAUGUUUCUGCCAUAAACACUGAAGGUAACUAUGGCGAAAGCGGGAUGGAAGCGUUCAAAGACAUGGCAGCCAAAGAGGGCAUUUGCAUCGCGCACUCUGGCAAAAUAUGGAGCAACGCCGGAGAGCAGAGCUUCGACCGAUUGGUGGAGAGGCUGCGGGCCCACCUGCCCAAGGCCAGGGUGGUAGCAUGUUUCUGUGAGGGCAUGACCGUCCGCAAUAUUCUCAUGGCUAUGAGGCGCCAGGCGCUGGUGGGAGAGUUUCUUCUUGUCGGCAGUGACGGAUGGGCAGACAGGUAUGACGUGACAGACGGUUAUGUGAAGGAAGCUGCCGGCGGAAUAACCAUCAAACUUCAGUCGGCCGACGUCAAGUGGUUUGACGACUACUACCUUAAACUUCGCCCCGAGAACAACCACAGGAACCCGUGGUUUACUGAAUUCUGGCAGCAUCGCUUCCACUGUCGACUGAAGGGCCAUCCGCAGGAGAGCAACAAGUACAACCGUACCUGUAGCAAGAGAGAAUCUCUUCGGCAGCAGUAUGCACAGGACACCAAGAUGGGCUUUGUCAUCAAUGCCAUUUAUUCGAUGGCAUAUGGCCUGCAUAACAUGCAACGAGCACUGUGCCCAGGAUAUCAGGGCCUGUGUGAUACCAUGAGGCCUAUUGAUGGCGCUACACUGCUGGACUUCCUAAUGAAAACAAACUUUACUGGAGUGUCUGGGGAAGGAAUCCUCUUUGAUGAGAAUGGAGACUCACCUGGCAGGUAUGAAAUAAUGAACUUCAAGAAGAUGGGGAAAGACUACUACGAUUACAUUAAUGUGGGAAGUUGGGACAAUAGUGGAUUGAAGAUAGAUGAUGACGAAAUCUGGUCAAGCAAGGAUACGGUCAUCAAGUCGGUUUGCAGUGAGCCCUGCGAUAAGGGUCAGAUUAAGGUGAUCCGUAAAGGUGAGGUGAGCUGCUGCUGGACGUGCACCCCCUGUAAAGAAAAUGAGUUUGUGUUUGAUGAGUACACCUGCCGAGCUUGUGACCUCGGCUCCUGGCCUACCGAUGACCUGACAGGAUGUGAUCCGAUCCCGGUGGAGUACUUGAGAUGGGGAGACCCUGAACCCAUUGCUGCUGUGGUGUUUGCCUGUCUUGGACUCAUGGCCACAUUCUUUGUCACUGCUGUCUUCAUCAGGUUCAGGGACACCCCUGUAGUGAAAUCGUCCAGCAGAGAGCUAUGCUACAUAAUACUGGCGGGCAUCUGCUUGGGGUACCUGUGUACCUUCAGCCUCAUCGCCAAACCACAUGUUAUCCAUUGCUACCUCCAGCGUUUGGGAAUUGGUCUGUCACCCGCCAUGAGCUACUCGGCACUGGUCACCAAGACUAACCGCAUUGCACGGAUCCUGGCCGGCAGCAAGAAGAAAAUUUGUACCAAGAAGCCUCGUUUCAUGUCCGCCUGCGCCCAGCUCAUCAUUGCCUUCCUGCUCAUACUGCUACAGCUCGGCAUCAUUGUAGCUCUCUUCCUUAUGGAGCCCCCGCAGGUGAUCCAUGACUAUCCCAGCAUACGCCAAGUCAACCUCAUAUGCAACACCACCAACUUGGGUGUGGUCGCCCCUCUGGGAUACAACGGCCUGCUCAUCCUCAGUUGUACCUUCUAUGCCUUCAAGACCCGCAACGUUCCUGCUAAUUUCAACGAGGCAAAGUACAUUGCAUUUACCAUGUACACCACCUGCAUCAUUUGGCUGGCUUUUGUUCCCAUCUACUUUGGCUCCAAUUAUAAAAUUAUCACCAUGUGCUUCAGCGUCAGCCUCAGCGCCACGGUGGCUCUUUGCUGCAUGUUCGUACCCAAGGUAUACAUCAUACUGGCCAAACCCGAGCGUAAUGUGCGCAGUGCCUUUACCACCAGUACAGUGGUACGCAUGCACGUGGGAGAUGGAAAGUCCUCCUCAGCUGCGAGCCGCUCCUCCAGUCUGGUUAACCUGUGGAAACGCAGAGGCUCCACUGCUGAGACUCUCAGCUCUAACGGCAAGUCGGUGUCUUGGGCGCAGACGGAGCGCAACAGUUCACACGGGAACCACUUGUGGCAGCGUCUGUCCUUCCACAUCAAAAAGAAGGAGAACAACCAGACGGCUGUCAUCAAGCCCUUCUCCAAGACCUCCGGGGAGCGUUAUUUGGGGGGGGCCAACCUGCCUCCACACUUGCCUCUUCCCUCCUUGCCGUCCAUUUCCUCCCUGCAUUCUCACAGCGACGCCGGCGGCGACAAGAACCUCUAUGAGCUCUCUGAAGCGGAGGAGAGGUGCUCCCUCACGUAUGCUCCACAAACGCCAUCUCCAAUCAGCACGGUAAGCCAGAGACUGGGUCCAGGUUUGGAGGAGGAACCUCAGGUCACGGGUGUAGCCAAAUAUCCCAGCAGCGUUUGCAGCCAGAGCAGCGGCAGCAGUUGCGGACCCGUCAACAGCGGAUCCGGUGUAACCGGGAGCGAAGGUCGCCUGGUCAUCCUGGAAGGUCGACCGGUGGCGUGCCAAAGCAACCUGAUGGAGCAGAUCAGCUGCGUGGUGAACCGCUUCACCGCCAACAUCAGCGAGCUCAACACCAUGAUGCUGCUGUCCUCUCCGACGCAUCCUCACAUACACAAACACUCGCCGCCGCCACCGCCGCCGCCUCAUCCCGCUGAUCCCUAUCUGCUCCCGCGUGAGAUCCACACGCCUCCUACUCUCACAACAUACGCCGAAGUCCAAGCCCACUCCCUCGGUGAGUCAAGUUUGGGUCGCCGGAGCGGGUGUCCCAUUCAUCCGUACCCUCUUCCACCUCCUCACCCUCAGUCGUCCCCUUCCAUCUCCCCCAUGCGAGGAGGCCUCGUCACCUGCCUCAUGGACUCUCCGCUGAGGAGGGUGGAGCUGGAUGAGGAGCUUAUCGCUUUAACUCCCCCCUCGCCCUUCCGGGACUCUUUGGCAUCCAGCAGUAGCUCAGCUGUAUCUGACAUAGAUCUGUGUCUCCCGCCGGUCCCUUCCCACCCGCCUCCAUCGCCCCCGUCGCCCAGGUACAGUAGACUAACUCUCAGAAACUACAGCCAGAGUUCCUCGUCACUGUGAGGCAGACAUGCUUCCGAGAGAAGAGGAUCAUGCCAACAAAAGGAGAGUGGAUUGAUCUAGUCAAAUCCAUUCAUCCGCACGGUGGGGGGUGUGAAAGCUUUGUGUUUACAUAUGUGCAGUGAGAGAUUUUCAUAGUGGUGUCAAUCACAGGAAAGGGAAAAAAUGGCCACAGUAUAAAUAUGUGGUAUUAGGUAUAGAUCGUGGCCUUGAGCUAACAUGGCUGUCAGCUAAUUAGACAUAGCGAUUGUGCACUUGUGUGAGUAUACAUAGGUAUGCCUUCAUGGAUGCGGUUCAUAUAUUGAAAGGACGGGCCAAAGACGCCAAGGAAGUGCUUGGAAACAAGCUUAAAAGCUCCCAAGGGCACAAAAACUUGACAGGUUGGUGGAUCCGCUGUGCAAGAGUCAAACAGGCACAGCAUCGGCUUGUGGAUAAAAAAUGAAAGUGUAAAUAUUGAUCAAGUCAUGCGUUGCAGGAGUUUGAUUUGGUUAACAAAAUAUAAAGCAGUGGGUUGCUUUGCCAGUUUCCAUAACAUACGCAUCUUUGUAUUCGCCAUAAAAAUUAUUUAUUCUGUUUGUACAUCAAAGUUUUUCACUUGAAAAGACGGGGACCAAAAAAAACCAAACAAGAAUUCUAAUACUUUACCAUCAAUGACGGUCACAGCAUGUAUAAUGACUACAGAAACUGUGUUAGCAGUCACUGUGUUGUGCAACGUGUGCGCAAACAUUCCAAUUUUUUUCAACAAUACAUUCACAGCCGCAAACAUUUUGGCAGGGAAUUCAAUUUUGUGCUUCAAUAACUCUCAACCUCAGUAUUUUUUAAGAAAACAUUUUCCAUGUCUAUAUUCAUUCAUUCAUUUUCUACCGCUUUUUCCUCACGAGGGUUGCGGGGGUGCUGGAGCCUAUCCCAGCUGUCUUUGGGCGAGAGGCGGGGUACACCCUGGACUGGUCGCCAGCCAAUCACAGGGCACAUAUAGACAAACAACCAUUCACACUCACAUUCAUACCUAUGGACAAUUUGGAGUCGCCAAUUAUUAACCUAGCAUGUUUUUGGAAUGUGGGAGGAAACCGGAAUUCAUUCAUUUUCUACCGCUUUACCGUAAAAUUAAAAAGUAAUAAUCCAAAAUUAAAAUUAUUAAAAUAUAAAUAUAUUAAUAUAAAUAUAUUAAAAUAUUAAAAACAAGAAACAAAGCAAUACAAGUAUAAAAAAUAAAACCAAUUACAAUAAAAACGAAGAACUAAAAGACACAGUUAAAAGCCAGAGAAUAAAAGUUUUUCCUCACGAGGGUCGCGGGGGUGCUGGAGCCUAUCCCGGCUGUCUUCGGGCGAGAGGCCAGCCAAUCACAGGGCACAUACAGACAAACAACCAUUCACACUCACAUUCAUACCUAUGGACAAUUUGGAGUCGCCAAUUAUUAACCUUUUUGGAAUGUGGGAAGAAAACCGGAGUACCCGGAGAAAAACCACACAUGCAUGGGGAGAACAUGCAAACUCAACACAGAGAUGGCCGAGGGUGGAAUUGAACUCGGGUCUCCUAGCUGUGAGGCCUGUGCACUAACCACUUGACCGCCGUGCCGCCCCAUGUCUAUAUAUUCUGCAAAAUCAAGCUUUUUUUUUCUCCCCAAAAUGAAAACGAAGCAUCAAAGUUAUUUAAGCACAAAGUCACUUGCAAAAUGUUUGGCAAUGACUGUAUCAUAAUUGAUUUAAUGUUAAUUAUUGUGCCAAAGGGGGUUCAGGUGAGGCUACCUUAUAUGCUUGUUAGUAAAUAUGUGCUUUGAUAAAAAACAAACAAACAAAAAAAAAACAAUGUAAAUGUCAAAGACUUUGUAUUGUAUUUUCAUAUCUUCAAUUUGAUCAUUCUGAUCCUUUUAUUGUAAAAGCAAUAGUUUCCAUACAUGUGAAUGGGCUCUCAUAUCACACUUCUGUAUUCUCUAGUGCACAGUUUGCCAAGGAGUGUGCAUUGCAAAAGUGCUCCAAAAGUGCUUGAGGCCUCUGUUACUUAUUCUAAUCCCUGAUCUUAUUCAUAGCUACAUAUGAGAUAGAUACAAGUGCAUUUGAAUUGUAUUCAAUUCCAUAUACAGUAUUAAUAUAUGACAUAACUGGGUUUAGGAUGAAGUAAGCAAGGAAAAGAUAUAAUUGUUCACAACGACUUAACAAUUAACCAGUGUCGACGUGGUGUUGUUUGAGAGGAGCGAGUUUACAGCCUGCUUCCACCAACUGUGUUUAUUACGAUGGCGAGAACGGAGUGCUCGCUUCAGCACUUCAGCCUGCACGUUAUCAGCCCCUCGGGUGGAACGCCACGUUUUAUAUGUGCUGCCUCAGCAGAGAAAAAGAGAGGAUCAGUUUAUUUUCGACAAGGACUCGGUGGUGUGACAUCAGCCUAGAUGAUGUGGCUAAGGGAGUUUAGUGAAAGCAUUACCAGUACUAGUCCAGCAACAGGAGGAUUGGAAACAUUCUUUAGUUGUAUUUGGAUGGAUACGCAGUGAGUGGUGCAAAAGGUUAGACGGAAAUGUAAACGUUUGAAAACCGAGGAUUUUUCCCAAUAACAACAAGACUCGAAUAGAACUGCUGAAUGGGACCAAAAUGGAGGCAAAAUUUGGAAAGAAAUUAAACAAAUACAUUCAUUAAUUCAUUUUCUACCGCUUUUCCUCACGAGGGUCACGGGGGUGCUGGAGCCUAUCCCAGCUGUCUUCAGGCCAGAGGUGGGGUGGCCAGCCAAUCACAGGGCACAUAUAGACAAACAACCAUUCACACUCACAUUCAUACCUAUGGACAAUUUGGAGUUGCUAAUUAACCUAGCAUGUUUUUGGAAUGUGGGAGGAAACCGGAGUACCCGGAAAAAACCCACGCAUGCACGGGGAGAACAUGCAAACUCCACACAGAGAUGGCCGAGGGUGGAAUCGAACCCGGGUCUCCUAGCUGUGAGGCCUGAGCGUGAAUCACUUGCCGUGCCGUGCAGCCACAACACUUCAUAUGUUGUCAAAAACGUGUUUGCUUAAAAAACGAUACUUAAAAAAACCUUGCAAGGUCAUGACACCCAUAAUAUUACAAUGAUAUAAUAUAUGCUUUUGUUAAAAAGGUAUUUCACUACCUCUAGUACUGUAUAUUUGCACAUAUAGACAAACAACCAUUCACACUCACAUUCAUACCUAUGGACAAUUUGGAGUCGUCAAUUAACCUAGCAUGUUUUUGGAAUGUGGGAGGAAACCGGAGUACCCGGAGAAAACCCACGCAUGCACGGGGAGAACAUGAGAUGGCCGAGGGUGGAAUCGAACCCUGGUCUCCUAGCUGUGAGGUCUGUGCGCUAACCACUCGACCUAAACAAUUCAACAACAAGAGCCUAUCCCAGCUGUCUUCGGGCAAGAGGCGGGGUACACCCUGGACUGGUGGCCGGCCAAUCAUAGGGCACAUAUAGACAAACCAACCAUUCACACUCACAUUCAUACCUAUGGACAAUUUGGAGUCGCAAAUUAACCUAGCAUGUUUUUGGAAUGUGGGAGGAAACCGGAGUCUCUGAGAAAACCCAGACAUGCAAAUUCCACACAGACAUGGCCGAGGGUGGAAUUGAACCCUGGUCUCCUAGCUGUGAGGUCUGUGCGCUAACCACUCGACCUAAACAAUUCAACAACAAUCAUAUUUUUACCAAAAUACGAGUCAAAGUUUGAUCCCCUGAUUUUGUAAUGGCACUCCAAAGAAUUGGACUGAUAAUCCUUGUACUGCAAAAUACUUUAAAUCCAUGUGCUGAUCAGAGGGUGAUGACAUUUGAACUGUUGAUCCAGUUCUUGCUUUUAGCUCAAGGCUCAUGUGUGGUGAGGAGGCUGUGUCAUGUAGCUGGUCUUGUCAUGUAAUGUAAUUUCAUCCACUGGUUAAAUUGGCUAAUUGUGAUAAAUGAGAAUGUUUUUUUUGGUCGUCUUAAGGUUGCUGGAAUGUUCUUUUAGGGAGAUGCCACAUUGUCUUGUUCCUUAGAACUGCACUGAUGCUGACUUUUGAACUGCAAACAUCAACUAUAAAAGAUGGUGACUAAGGGCUUUUAUCAGUCUGUCUAGGGAAUCCCAGGAGAUGUUGGUGUUGGUGUUGGUGUUGGCGGUGGACGAUGCCCCUUUGAUACGCUCAUACACAACAGCUGAAUGUUUACAUGUAAACCCCAGACCAGACUAUUGUUUUCUUACUAGUUGGUGUAUGAUGGGAUAUGAGAUGUACGUCCCUUUUGACGACUCAACAGUUUUAUCUGGUAGACCUGAUCAGGGUCGCAGUAGUGCUGGAGCCUAUCCCAGCUGUCUUCGGGCGAGAUGCGGGGUACACCCUGGACUGGUGGCCGGCCAAUCACAGGGCACAUAUAGACAAACAACCAUUCACUCUCACAUUCAUACCUAUGGACAAUUUGGAGUCGCUAAUUAACCUAGCAUGUUUUUGGAAUGUGGGAGGAAACCGGAGAAAACCCACGCAUGCAAAUUCCACACAGAGAUGGCCGAGAGUGGAAUCAAGCACGGGUCUCCUAGCUGUGAGGCCUGCGCACGAACCACUCAUGCAGCCGAGAUGAUAUAGUUAUAUAUCUAAAUACCAAUUUUAAUGCAAAGCUUGUAUCUAUUAGAACCAAUAAAUAGAGAUAAAAUAUAGCUUAUGUAGUCUUUUCUUGCGUUUGAAGAGAGGUCAAAUUAUUGCAUCAUCGGGUCAAACAAGCAUAUCUGGAGGGACAUGUCAACUGAAGUCAGAGUGAAAACGCUGCAUACGUGCAAUAUUCUUGCAUGUGGAAAUCAUUCAACAACUGAGACGGAAUUGAACAGGGUAGCAACCGUGUUGUUUACAGCAGGGGUCUCAAACUCAAUUUACUUGGGGGCCACUGGUGCUCGGGUCUGGGUGAGACUGGGCCGCAUCAGGUUUUCCAAAAAAAAAACAACCCAAAAAACGCAUUUAUUAAAAACCAAAAAAUUUAAAAAUCUUCGCUUUGGUUCCGAUUUUCUACAAGAAAAGCUCUGAUAAAACAUUCCACUGUUCUCAAAUAUCUUACUUUUUAUUUUUCUACACAAAAUAAGAUGAAAAAUAAAUAAACAAAUCAAGAAUAAAGAAAAUCAAUCAAUUGUAAUAAAUAAAUAAAUAUAAUAAUAAUAAUCAAAUGGCAAAUAAUACAAACGUAAGAAACCACAUAUAGUUGUUGGGUAGACAAAUUAUUUUUUUCAGAUUAAAAUGAACAAAGCAUUAUUAGAGCCCUGUAGACAUGACAAAACACGACUAUAGUCACAUUUAUACUCUUUUUAUUUACAAAUAAAACAUAUUGCGCAACUGCAGGGUCUUGAGACACAUGCUAACUCGCAAACUAGAGAGCUAGCCACCUAAAUGGUAGCCUUCAAGUUAUUUCCUUAAAACUUAAAUAGCCAAAAACUUACCACUUCCACACGGAUAGGGAGGAUAACUAUUAACAGUUAUUUAACCUUUAACAUGAACAUUAAUCAAACAUAAUAAUUGUUUCUGGGUACAUGAUACCAUACAGCAUCCAUAUCAAACUUGCGCGGGCCGCACUAACAUUAAACUUUCAUAUCAAAGGCGGGGGCCUCAAACUCGUGUCCUGCGGGCCACAUUUGGCCCGUGGGCCGCGUGUUUGAGACCCCCGGUUUACAGCCUUGGUUCCCAAACUGGGGUACGCACACUCCUAGUACCAAAAUUAAAAAAAACUUUUCCCCUAACACUCACAAUUACGAGUGCACCUGAACACCUCACCACACAAGCAGAAUGGAGCAACACACCAUGCACACUCACACAACUGGAGCAAAUCAUUAUCAGGAGCAAAUCAGUAUGCACCGUUAUUCACUUGAAUCUGACAAACGAUACACAGAAAAUAAUGAGUAUAUUAUUUUUUGCUAUAUUAUAGUAUAUAAUAUAUUCUAACUAUAUAUAGUAUAUUGUAUUUUGUCAUAUUGAAUAUUGGCCAUCUUGAACUGCAAUGUUCCAGCUUUCUAGCUCUUUUUUUUGUCCUCGGUUUCAACUGUGUUUCAACCAAGACUGACUUUAAAAAUUGCUGUGUGCGGAUGUAGGCGCAUUAGAAGGAUAAGAAAAAAUACUUUACAUAUAAAGACUCUAUAGAUAUUAGCAUAGCAUUUUCCUGAAUAUUAAGUAAUUAAGGCUGGUUUCAUGUUUCAGUUUGCUUAAGGCAGGCUGAGCUGAGGUGGCGACUUCGAUGUCUUAAAUAAUAAUAAUAGUUUUGGUUGUUUGGUGCUGCUGAAUGGAAUGUGGCUUUUAAGUGGUUGGUUAUUCAUUAAAUUAUUAUGCAUUAUAAUAUGUUAUAUGAUAUGCUUGAGGAAAGUGGAAGAUAUUAUUUGACAUACAGGACGGUGCAGGCAGGUUGUAGAUCCUCCACUAUUUUGUUGAUGUUGUGUGAAGUCAUAUAGUGAAGUAAUGCAUAUUUUUUUAAACCAAAAGGAGCCGUGAAAUGACACCAUAACAUAAACACACAAAUAUGAUUUUAAUUCUAAUUUGUUAGACGGUGGCCCUACUAAGUAAAACAAAUGUGAAUGUUGCCUUUUAGAAGAGAUGUUUACAUUUUCGCCGCUCGCUAGAGCUAAUCAAAUUCAUCACAGGUAAUCAAGGCAUUCAUUUCCAGUGACAUUUUUACAGGCUUGUCAGCAAAUGUAUUUUUUUUUUUUUUUUUUUUGCAACACUGACGCCGAAGGUCUGAACGGAGAGAAGCACGCAGCUCAUCUCCAUUUAAAUGAAGUGGCUGUGUUGUGUUCCACUCUCCUUCCAGCCCACGCUGAUCACACCAAGCAGUUAGUCGGGACUUGAUUUUGAUGAAGUGGAAUAAUGGUUGGUUAGCAAAUGUUACUUGAAGAAAUGCACUGCUGUUUAAAUGCUAAAGUGUGCAAAAAGGUCAUCACGUUCAAAAUGACUGUUAGUGAAAUGAACGCAAAUAACAAUUGUAUCCUCUUUUUUUUUUUUUUUUUCCUUGCGAGUGUGUGCCAAUUUUCACCCCACCUCAUUUCAAGUGCUUCUGUAUUUCUUAUCUGGAAUUUUGAAGUGUGUGGAGCGAAAUCUUACGAACCAUCUGCUGUGACAAAUGAUGUAAAUUUUCACAAGCUAUUAACUUACUGUAUGUGUACUAAAAGACUAUUUACAUCUAUUGUUUAUUUGAGGAAACCUUAUAUCAUUUCCUCGAUUUGAUAUUGUGUGGAUUCAUUUUUAUGAACUUUUUUAAGCGGUGUCGAUUUCAUUUCAUUUUUUUUUUAAUGUUACAAAUGUAGAAUGUAACUUCAAAGAAACUAUCUGUGAUAAUCAGAGAUGGAUUUAUAUUGAAAUAUUUGGUUAUCUAUUUCCUAUAUCCCCUUCAGAUUUGUAAACGUGUGAAUACUAUAUGGUUGUAGUAUGAAAAAUGCAGUAUAUUUCUAAGUGGCUUUGUAGAGGGCAUUGAUCACAGGGUUGUGCGGGGGAGCGGUGUUUGCGUUGGUUAUAUUUUACAUUUUUAGAGGUAAGUUGCUUUAGAAUGUUCUUAAAUACUCCGAACUGAGAUAAAGUCCAUUUACUCAGAGAAUAAAUCGUCCUCAGAU